AUGCUGAGGAACCGUAUUAAGAUUGAAGAGAAGAAGCUGGAGUUUGUGUUUGAGAUAGAGAAUGUCCAGUUUAAUCAGCCGCAGCAGUACAGGCUUAUGCUGACUGUGGAGAAUCCACUUCUGGCAGGAUCUGGCUCAGGAAUCCAACUUAGAGUGAAUAAUGAAGAGAUUGUUCAGGCAAACUCUGUCUCCACUGAUACUCUAGGGCAUGAGAUCAUCAGUGUCAGUCUGCAUGGUGCCACCAGUCUUCCCCUGCUGACAAACGGAGGAGUUCCACUGCCACUUGCUAUUAUAAAUCUGAUCAACGUUAAAGGCAAGUCAAUGGACACUGAAGGAGAAUUAAAGGAUGCAUCCCAAACUGCAGCGUGCAGACUAUAUUGUGUGUCUCAAACGGGGACUGAAGACGAUGGGACCGGUCAGUGUAGGAGCCAGGCAGUAACACACUGUACUCUGCAAUCCACACACAACUCCUGCUGGGAGGAGAACCUAUCAGUGGAGCUUGUGGAUGUUGGAUGCCACAGGGAGGGCCGGGAACUGUCAGUCACUAGCCAAAGCCCACAGAGCAGAGGAGAUCCUCCUGAAUCUGUCUUCACUCUUCCGGUGUUCACAGCUCAGGGCCAGCCUCAGAUUUCACCUGAGAAGCAGCCUGUGUGGAAUCCCUGCUUCCUAUCCCUGGGUCGGGACUGUGGUACUGCCUUCACUCCAGGAGCAGCUUUGGUGGCACUUGAGUACUAUCCUACAGCUACAGGACAGCUAGAAGUUCCUCACACAGUGCUGGAGCUGGAUCAGGCAGACCGUGAAAACAACUCUCCCCCUUAUAGAAAACCACACCCUACAUCAGUCCGCUGUGAGUCUCCUCUACUCUCCACUGCCCUCCUUCUCUCCUCCCCUCUCAGACACCACACCCUCCUGCAGGCUGCUUUCUUCAUCCUCAGACAGACUGAACAUUCAAUAUUUGGCAUUAGCCCUGUAUUGAUUGGGAACACAGUGGCUGUCGAUGGCUGCAAGAUCGGCCUGAGGUUCAGAUGUGGAAUUAUGUAUGCAGACUUUGCCAACCAGCAAAGGAAUGUACGGCUCCAGAGGGAUGGAUAUGAUUUACCAGCCUAUGAUGCUCUUGCCCAGAUCCUCUCAGAAUAUCAGCACAUCUUCAAAACACCCAAAGCUCCUCAACAGAGCAAAGGAGAACCAAAAGAACAGAAGAAGUCCAAGAGGUCCUUAGAGCUCAACCAAACAUUUGAAAUCCAUUCUCCACAUGAGAGACUCCCAGGGCCUAUUGUUCAGGAUGAUGAUCCACAUGUUGCAGAGAUUACUGAACACCAGACCAAAGAGCUGGAGAACUAUCGUUCUGCCAUGUGUAAGAUGGCAGAGGACAUCCUUGCUCUGCGAUCUCAGGUGGCCAGUCUGGAGGAGCAAAACAGCCAACUUCGCAAUGAGCUCUCUAUGAGCCAGGAUCUGGGGCGUACACUGCUGGAUGACACGGACAUUGACGUCAUGACCCAGACUGAGAUUGCAGAAAGAAUAGUUUCUCUGAAGUGCAAGCUGGCCAGCGAGAGCAGUAAGGCAGCAGAUCAGAGAGAUAAGAUCCAGCAGCUUCAGAAUGAGCUCAUCAGGAAGAAUGACAAUGAAAAGGAGCUGAUGCGACUAAAGCAAGUACACCACCAACAACAGGCUGUGCUGAAGCGCUACCAAGGACAGAUCAAGAAACUCUCAAAUCUAGAGGCUACAGUACGCCAACAGGAGAAGGUUAUUGAAAGGAUGGAGAAGGUGCUGACUACAAAGCUGAGAGAGAGAAAUAAAGAAAAUGCAGAGCGGAAGAAGAAGGUCUUAAAAGAAAAAGAUUUAGAGGAGAGCAGAAUGAGAGAGGUUGAGUCUAUACUGGCUGCAGAAAACUCUUGCCUCAGAGCAGAGCUGGAAAGACUUCGGCAACUGCCACAGCCUGUUAUCAUACAACAACCUGCACAGCAGCCUUUUGCAGACAGUGAGAAGCUCAGACUGUUAGAGCAGAUAGAGAGAGCAGAGGCCUGCAUCCGUACUUUGGGCAAACAGCUGGAGGAGAACGCCAGGCAGUGGGGGAAAGAAAAGCAAGACAUGUUGACCAGACUCAGUGAAUACAAUCAUGGAUUUGCUCGUGCAUCAACCUUGCAUCACCUGCCACUGAAAAGUGUUUCACACUCCGUUUUGGGACACAUACGUCAUAAGCAGCUGGAUACCCUUAAAUGACCUGAUUCAACAUCACAAUCAUCACCAGAAC